ACCCGAAGAGGGGGGCCGCUGAAGACUUCGGGUCAGCAAGGUUGGUGAUGGAAGGGAAGAGGAAAACAGAGGGCUCCGCACGUGGGGCCCGCUCCGGAACCCAAACAAUACCACGUGGUGAGGCUGGGCGGGGCCGGCGGCGUGACGGCACGCGCACGGGACGGCCGCCGCCGUACCCUUGCUGAAGGGGCCGUAAAGCGCGAAAGGUCGGGAGCUCGGGCUCCUCGUCCUCGGCUCGUCCUUUCCUCGCGCCCCCUUUCCACACUCCCCAUCCCCGAAACGGAGCCGUCCCUCCGGAGCCUUUUCGCCGCCGCCAGCUGCUCGCCCCCUGGCGGGGAGUCCCAAGGCGCGGAACCCGCGGCGGGGCCGUGAGGUUGAAUUCUUAUGGCCUUCCUCUUGGAAGAGUGAAAAUCACAUUUCUUGAAAGCUGUCAAACAGAAGCCAUGAUGUUUUUCCGGUUGCUAUGUGAUAUCCAAUGGCGGAGAGCCAGUCAAAGAUGGCCGAACAGGUCCCAGUCAAGGCACAACAUUUCUUCUGUUACAGAGUCUCAACCUUCUGUCUCACUCCCCACCCAUGCUCAGGUAGUCAUCUGUGGUGGUGGAAUUAUGGGCACAUCUGUAGCCUAUCACCUUUCCAAGUUGGGAUGGAAGGAUAUUCUCCUGUUGGAACAGGGCAGGUUGGCUGCUGGUUCCACCAGAUUUUGUGCUGGCAUUGUUAGUUCAGCUAGGCAUUUUACCUUAGAACAAAAGAUGGCUGAUUAUUCAAACAAACUUUAUCAACAGUUAGAACAAGAGACAGGGAUUCAAACAGGUUACAUAAGGACAGGCUCAAUCUUCUUGGCUCAAACUCAGAACCGACUGAUCUCCUUGAAGCGAAUCAACUCGAGGCUGAGUGUAUUGGGCAUCCCCUCCGAGAUCAUCUCCCCCAAGAGGGUGGCCGAGCUGUACCCGCUCAUCAGCAUCCAUGACCUGGUGGGGGCCAUGCAUGUGCCUGAGGACGCGGUCGUGUCGUCAUCUGACGUGGCUCUGGCCCUGGCGAGCGCUGCCUCUCAAAAGGGUGUUCAAAUCCGUGACCGAACAAGUGUUAUUCAUGUAAUGGCCAAAAAGGGUCAUGUGACUGGAGUAGAAACGGAUAAAGGAAACGUCGAAUGCCAAUAUUUUGUCAACUGUGCCGGUCAGUGGGCUUACGAGCUGGGUCUGUCCAACGAAGAACCGGUUAGUAUCCCGUUACAUGCCUGUGAACACUUCUACCUUCUGACUCGUCCCUUGGAGACCCCACUGCAGAACAGCACACCAACUAUUGUGGACUCAGAUGGAAGGAUCUACAUUCGGAACUGGCAAGGUGGAAUCCUGUCUGGUGGCUUUGAGAAGAAUCCUAAGCCCAUCUUUACUGAGGGAAAGAACCAGCUAGACAUUCAGAAUCUCCAUGAAGAUUGGGACCAUUUUGAGCCUCUGCUGAGCUCCCUGCUGCGCAGGAUGCCAGCCUUGGAAGCUCUAGAAAUUAUGAAGUUGGUGAACUGUCCUGAGUCCUUUACGCCAGACAUGAGGUGCGUCAUGGGGGAGUCUCCGACUGUGCAGGGUUACUUUGUACUAGCUGGAAUGAACUCGGCCGGAACAUCAUUUGCAGGAGGAGCAGGGAAGUAUCUUGCUGAAUGGAUGGUUCAUGGUUAUCCUUCAGAAAAUGUAUGGGAUUUGGACUUGAAGCGAUUUGGAGCUCUGCAGAGCAGCCGUACCUUCCUCCGUCACCGUGUCAUGGAAGUGAUGCCCUUACUAUAUGAUCUCAAGGUACCAAGAUGGGACUUCCUAACUGGUCGGCAGCUGCGCACCUCUCCCCUUUAUGACCGCUUGGAUGCACAGGGAGCUAGAUGGAUGGAGAAACAUGGCUUUGAGAGGCCUAAGUACUUUGUCCCACCUGACAAAGAUCUAUUGGCAUUGGAACAGAGCAAGACAUUCUAUAAACCAGACUGGUUUGACAUUGUGGAGUCUGAAGUCAAAUGCUGUAAAGAGGCUGUAACAGUCAUUGACAUGUCCUCGUUUACUAAAUUUGAAAUAAUUUCCCCUGGGGAAGAAGAUUUUGAGCUGCUGCAGUACCUUUUCUCCAAUGACCUGGAUGUGCCUGUGGGCCACAUCGUGCACACGGGCAUGCUCAACGAGGGGGGCGGCUAUGAAAAUGACUGCAGCAUAGCACGGCUUAGCAAGAGCAGUUUCUUCAUGAUUUCUCCUACUGAUCAGCAGGUCCACUGCUGGGCCUGGCUCAAGAAACAUAUGCCUGAAGACAGCAACCUGCUUUUAGAGGAUGUAACUUGGAAGUACACUGCUCUCAAUCUGAUUGGUCCCCGUGCUAUGGAUGUUCUUUCUGAAUUAUCUUAUGCCCCUAUGUCUCCAGAUCAUUUCCCAUCCCUCUUCUGCAAGGAGAUGAGUGUGGGUUAUGCAAACGGCAUCAGAGUGAUGAGCAUGACUCACACAGGAGAGCCUGGAUUCAUGCUGUACAUCCCGAUAGAGUAUGCCCUGCAUGUAUACAAUGAGCUGAUGAGUGUUGGGCAAAAAUAUGGGAUCCGAAAUGCUGGAUAUUAUGCUCUUCGAAGUCUUCGCAUUGAGAAAUUUUUUGCCUUUUGGGGUCAGGACUUGAACACUUUCACAACACCCCUGGAGUGUGGACGAGAAUUUCGAGUAAAAUUGGAUAAGGGAAUGGAUUUUAUUGGUCGGGAGGCCCUGCUACAGCAAAGGCAGAACGGAGUCUACAAGCGCUUUACCAUGUUCAUUCUUGAAGAUCACGACACAGACCUGGACCUCUGGCCCUGGUGGGGAGAGCCUAUCUAUCGCAAUGGGCAGUAUGUGGGCAUGACCACCAGCAGCGCCUACAGCUACACUCUGGAGCGCCAUGUCUGCCUUGGCUUUGUGCACAAUUUUAAUCCAGAGACUGGGGAGAAGCUAGUGGUGACCCCUGAUUUCAUUAACCGUGGGGAAUAUGAAAUCGACAUUGCGGGGCAACGCUUCCAGGCCAAGGCCAAGCUUUACCCAUUCAGCUCUCUCUUUACUUAUAAACGACGAAAGGAUGAGAUAGAAAUGAGUGACUUCCAGGGAAAGUAAUGCUGGUAGGAAAGCCUGCUGCCUCCCUCCUCACACUAGGACUUCUCACUAGGAUCAUCUUGCCAGCUGUUCCCUCUUUCCUUCGUUGUUUCCUAUUCUUUCUCCCUUUCUUAAAUAUGAAGGUUAUUUUUGGAAUCUUGGGACUGUUUGCAACUUAGCCUACAUUAACAUUUUUUUUGCUUUGAAACUUUUUUCACCUUUCCUUCUUUUAAGUAUCCCCUUCAGUAUCUCCUUCCCUUCCUUUCAGUCCUUCCCCCCAUCCCAGUCUCACGUUGGCAGAUGGCGUUUGAUAUACUUGGCAGGCUGAACAGGAGGAACCAUCCAUUCAGCAGAAAUAGUUGUACCAUUGUAGCUGCCCUUUGAAGGGUGGCGUCCAGUUCCAAGUACUUUGCUCUCUCUGUGCACCUACAAUCAAGAGCAGCUGGUCUUUGCUGGCCUCUCCUUGAGAAUUAACUCUUCUCUCUCAGCUUGGGCAUUCUCCAUGGCCCGUAGCGUACUCAUUAGGGCUACAUCCAGAGGGUGGCUCGAGGAGAUGCUCCUCUUAAGCAGGUCAUUGGGGAUACUCUGAUUUACAUUUUCCUCAUGUACAUUGUGCAGAGGGGUUUGGUGCAAUGAUAUACUGAGCAAUAGAACGAUCAGCUACCUCAUUGGUGUGAGACUCAGCAAAGGUUUUAUCAGAGAGAGGGAGUCUCCAGCGGGUAUUAGGGCUCUCUGAAGGAGCAGUAGAAGAGGUUUGGUCAGCGAGGAAACCCCUGCUGGUCACGUUCCACUCCCUUGUCAGGCUCCUCUUCUGUAGAUGAACAUUGGUGAGCCAUAGUCCCAGAAAGGCCAGCCCCCCUGUCCCAAGAGAAAUAGGGUGCAGAAAUCUGCUCCCCCUUCUGGGUUUUCUCUUCCACAGGCCCACUGCACUUUGUUUUUGACUAGUUUGGUCUUGCAUGGCCUCUCUGUAGUAGGCCUAUGAGCUCUGCUCCUUUGAGGGAAGAUCAGUUGCAGGGAUCUAUGCACGAGUCCAGUAAGUACCUUGCCAGCCGUGCUGAGUAAUAGCCAUACGUUUGAAGAGGGAGGCCUUCUCUCCAGUGGCUCAGUUGAUGUGGGCCUUGAGCCUGGCUUCCUAGCCUCUUCUCCCUCUAGGAAAUGACUCCAUUACUCAUGCAAUUUUCUCAUUUCUACUCAUCCUUGUCCACUAGGAUCAAAAAUUAGUUUGGGGGUUUUGGUUUGUUUUGUUCUCUUGAGACAAACAUUCUAAGGAAAAAAGUGUCACUGCCUAUUCAGAGCGGACUGUUUCAUUGACUUGGCAGUGAAGCUCUUUAGAUUGUGCAGACUGCUCUGGGAUUUAGCCCCUUAAUUUUUUUUUUUACUAGUUAAAGCUGCUAAAACUAAGGAACAAAGAGCUCAUGCAGAAAUUCAUGAACUUAAGGCACUCUGCUGCCCCCACAAGCAAGCCUGCCCUGCCCCGACCCCCGUCAGAACAUUAGAGAAUUGGGCUUGACUUGCUUUCUUCUAGUUUGUUGCCCACUGGUCCGUCUGGCUCACCCCUUCCUUAGUAAUUUUUUGACUUAGGUGCGUUUGUUUGUUUCCUUGGGCCCUUACCAGUUUGGUAAAGGGGAAGAAUGUGGCUGACAAACCUGAAGGGAUGGGGGCAACUUACUCAACUUCACAAGAAAGCCCUUUUUUCUUUCAGCCUCAUUCGUCUCCUUGGCGAUUCUUCUGUUUCUACUCUUUUUACCUCUUGUGUCUUUCAUUUUGAGUCCAAGCCUUGAGAUUUCUGUGAAGUUUCGUAUUCUGUGUAGGGCAAUUUGGUUGAGACAAGGCUUGGGGAAAAGGAUCAGGAGAAGAGAAGUGUCUCCCAUCCCAAGAGCAAAGCAACAGAUAGAACAAUUAGGAAAGAGCAGAGUUUGGGGAGUUGGGAGAAAAGUGGGGAAGCAAACAUAGGAAAUGGAGAUUUUCUGGAGGGAUAUUCUGUGGACCACACAGAGUGUUUUGUUGAGUCUUGAAAAUGAGAGUGCUGGGUAUGGGUAGGAAGUUUUGCCCUAAUCUGAGUUCUUCCUUUGUAGAAAUUUGGACUUUGUAUGCAUAGGCAUCUCCUGCCCCUUCCUUAGCAGUUACAUUACAUUAUCACAUCACUGCUUAGAAAGAGAAAUAGAAAAGAGGUAGUUGUGUAACCAUCCCAAAAUUUAUCUGACCCAAAGAGUACUUGGCUUUCUUGGGUUUUUUUUUUUUUUUUUUUUUUGGUGAUUAUUACUGUUUUUCUCUAAUUCCUGGGCAGGAAGAAGUAUUUGAAAAUACUUCUCCCAAAUGAGAAAAUUCAAGAAGGAAAAAAACAAGUGUGAGCUAGUUAGUUCACUCUCUUACUCCUCCAUAUUUUUGCCGUCUACUUUUUUUUUUUUUAAAUCUCUAAAACCAAUCUACUUCUUUUCAUUUGGAAGGAAGGUUCAGAGUGCAGUUAGUUGCCAUCUUGUCUGAAAAGUGGCCUGGGGCUUCUGAGGAGAAAGACAACUUCAAUGAUUUGAGGUUUUCCCUUUGCUCACACAGGGAAAAGGCUUUUUACAGAGUGAGAUCUGAAAUUUUUGUUCACUUUGGAUUCAGGCUUCCCUUGGAGCACUUUCCAGGCAGGGAGUAGCCAAUUUGUUCCAUCCAUUUCAGAACAAGUUAGCUCCUUUGGGAUAAAAAGGCUUUAUGUAAAUUAUUCUAUUAAAAGGAGAUCUAGAUCCCAAAGGCUUAGAAAUGGUCAAAGCAAAAAUAACUUAAAAUGUCCUCAUGUUUUUCCCUUCCCUGGUAGAUGUGUUACCACCCAACAUUAUUUCAUCCCAGCCAUCUGGUCAAGAUUAUUCUUGUUUUAGGGCAUUUGAGGGACUUUUGUGUUUCCUAUGAAGGAGCAAUUUCAGUGUAGCUCUUGGAUUGACAGGCCAUUCUCUAAGCAACAACAAAUUCAAUUCACCAAAUGCUUUCUGAGAUUAUUCUUCAGUUUGCAUGGUCAUGCCAUUUUUUUUUUUUUUUUUAGUUUUUCUUCUUGCAAAUAUACCUAUAUUUAUUCUCUUUCAUUUUGGUCUUAGGUACAGAAAAUAUUUUGGUUUUAUGUGAAUACUCACUGUUGCACAUCUUCCGUGAGCCCUCCUAGAAAACAGCUAAUGAGUAUUUUCCUUUCAUUCUAGUCUAUGCAUUUGGAUCUGCUUUCUUGUGGUGGUGAAAAUCAUUUGGCUUUUGGAAUUUGAACUUGAGCCAGAGGAUAUUAGGUUUACUUGGCAGAUUGCUCCCGCUGUGCAAAGAGGCACUGAGGUCAAGGAACAGAAUUACUUACUAGUGCAGAAAGCUUUGAAAAAACAAUACUUUAAUGUGAUUAACAGUUAAUUUUAAUGACUUUUUAUUUUAAUGACUUAUCACAAUCAUAGAAUUGAAUAUUAUUUGCUUCAGUAAAUCAUUCUCUUGAUGGAAAAUGGGGAGGGUUUGAGGAAAACAAAUUGCUUUAUCUUUUCUGGAUGAUUCAGCUGCUAUCAGUAUCCCACAUUGUUGGCAACAAGUGUAAUAGGAUGACAAAAUUAAGUCCCUUCAUUAUGGAUAGCUUUUAACAUCUCGCUGUUUUUAGAGAGACACAUAGAAUAAUAUUGCUAUAGAAAUGAACAUCUAGGAAAAAAUGCCCCAGAACUGAACAGCAAAUGGUGUGUAUGACCCAUACUUAUGUUAUCACUAAAAUGCUUUGAUUGUAAUGAUGUUAACUUUUCUGGUAGAUGAAGAGAGAACAACGAACCUUGUUAAGCUGUCCUUUUGACACAGACUAAGGUCUCCAGGAUAAUCGGGCUUUCUACUUUAGAAGCGACUUACACAAACUGCAGUGUGGACAUAAAAUCCAUUGGAAUCUGAAAGAAUAUCCAAAAGAGCAGAGUGUUUGUGCCCCACUCAAUAAUUACAUGUGGCUUCAAGUAUUUCAUAUUUUUACUCUCUAUAUAUUAUAAAGUAAACUUUCAAGAUUCAUUAUUUUAAAAGUAUUCCAGCUUUCUAGAAUUUGGCUCUACUAUAUCUUUAAUUGUUAAAGAAAAACAGCAUUAUAAUUACUAUACCAGAUUGAAUGAAAGUUCACACUUGUACAAUCAAAACCUCUUUCUGGGCAGAAGACAGUGGCCAAAUAUUCUUAUCUAAAUGAAAAUGGGAUUGCAGUCUAAUUCUCUAUUUGUAGGCUUCUAAAUAUCCUAAUGUUUUAUAAUAGUCACAAUUGGGGAAAUGCUUUCUAUUUGUCACUUAAAGAUAAUUCUUCCUCUUUUUUUCCCCUUAACACAAAGAUUCCAGGGACUUUUGUUAUUCCCUUAUUGCCAAUUAUGACAAAAUCAUAAGAAAUUUGGCUUGGCUAAUUAAGACCAUCACAUCUAUUAAUUCUGGGAAGAGGACAAAUUGGAAAUAAUUUUGUUUAUACAUCAGCAUCAUGUUUUUGUUGAGUGCAUAAUUUCUCAGGUAUAUUACUCAGAAACAAGACUACCUUGAACCUAGAGAGCUGUGCAGUUAUUACUACAGUCUCGGUGUUGGUUAGGUAUCCUUGUCUUGGUAUAUGAGCUUUUGUGUUGGAACUGUAGUAGGCUGAAGAAACAAGUACCAUUUUGUUCUUUGGUUUAAAGACAUAAUUCUGAAAUUGGCACAAGUCACCUUUUUUUUUCCCCUCCCAGAAAAAUAGAACCAAGCACUUUAAAGGAAUUCUCGUAUUGUUUACCUAGAAGAUAUUGCUUUACUUAUUAUUCCAUCUUAUUUCAAAAAGAGAGAUAUGCUUGACUUGUGGUCACAUUAACCCCACAUGUAGGGGAUAAAGAUAUAAUUGGAGCUUUCUGAACAUUAAUUCUUAAGUUUAUUGGUUAUGCUAAGCUUGAGGGAGUGGCUGUCCUCCUUGAUUAUCAAACUUAAGGACUCGGACGUUCCCUUAAAUGACAAAACUGUUAAAAGUGAACCCGUUAACAGUAAUCUCUCGAUACCAUCUCCAUUGCUCCCACAGCAUGGAGAGGGCGGCUCUCCAGCCAGGCAGAACCAGGUAAGUUUUCUCAGCAGUAAGGCAUGGAUUUAGUUUUCAUCCCUUGAUGGCUGCUUCCACAGAGAAGUUCUUAAGACACCCAAGGGACAAUCUGUGUUGGGGGUGGCUAGUGGAUUGUUAAUAGAAAGGAUUUCUGCAAUUUGAACAGUCCCGAUCAUGAUGUCAUGACAUGGACACUUACGUAGGCAGGGAAACAUCAUCUAGUCUGUUUUCUAUCAGGUGGCUUUAGAAUAAACAAAGGUGCCCGUCGCCCAUUGUGUAGCCAUGCAACAAAAAUAGGACAAAAUUAGCUUUGAAAUCUGCUGUCCAUCCUGUUAUAAAACUCAGCAAAUAAUGACUCUGCUCUGUAUCUCCAGAUCCCCGGCCAACACCACUUUGGGCUAACGGUGCUAAAAUCCCUUAGACUCCUUUCACGAAUGCUUUACUUCCUUUGAGUAGCUUUCCAAGAGGCCUGAGCCUUUCCGGCCUUUUCUCCAUUGAGUACCAGAGCUACCCUUCAUGGACUCUUGUCAUGCUGGGCUUCAGGGACAGUUUUGCUUAUCCUCGGUGAGCGUUGGCUACCUUUUAUUCUUCAGCCUUCUCCUGUCUCCUGUGGACAGGGCUGACCCUGUUGGGAGAACUGGCCAGCGUCUCCUGCAGACAGGGAGAAGAGGGCAGAAGGCCCGAGCUCUCCUCGCCAUUUCCUAGUGCCUUACACGGGGGAGGGCCAGCACAGAAACUUCUUUUCAGUCCGAGUCUCCACAAACCUUCCUCCUCACAGCCAUGUCUCUCUCCCUAGCACGAAGAAACAGCUUUCUGCAGAUGGGUUUGAAUGAACAUUGUUCUAGGAGCACAAUUCAUGCUUUAACUAACCCUUGGUCUAUAUAAUACGCCAUUGUAAUUCUUGUAAAGUGUUGUAGCCCAUUGCAUUUGUGCAGAGCAUUGAAGCCCGGCUGUGUCCAUCAGGUUUGGAGUGAGAACAUGCUCCUGAAAACACAAGGCACUUUAGCAAAUUGGCAUCCUUUUGUGGGGCGCCGAUGGUGGGCGGCUGUCAGUCACACAGGAUGGGCCCCUGUCCACCAAGGCUGGGUUAGCCGAACAGUGUGCACUGUGUUUAUAUGGAGUUGUAUUUCAAUUAAGAUUUUCUGGUCUGUUCACAUAUCACAAAAUUUCUUUAUGAAUAAAGAGGCAUUUAAUUACUCUA